AUGGCCACUGUGGCUAACCUCAACAGUGGAGAUAUAGCAAAAAAGACCUUCACCGACUUGCCAGCGGAGCUCCGUCGUGCUAUCUACGAUCACCUUCUACAUGCCGACUGCGUUCUCGAGGUAUACAUACCAACCCUCAGUACCGGAAAACCUUACCAGCCCCCCAAGCUUCGAGCAAACAGCAGGCAGAAGAUCUCCACGUCCAUCCUACGUGUCAACAAGACGAUCUACAACGAAGCCAUCCCCAUCCUCUACAGCAGCAAUUCCUUCCGCAUGCAAUCCGCAAGCAGCCUCACCAACUUCGCAAACGUCAUCGGCACUUCCGCGCAGCACCUGCGCCAUGUCGGUUUCGAGGGCCACGACUUCAAAAAGGGUCUCAAAGCCCUGCUAUAA